GGUCUAGACUGAGGAUUACGGGGCAGGUGAGCAGCAAUAUGGUAUAUAUAGAUAAGAGAAAGCUGGUAACGUUCAUAGCGGGUGCUAUCAAUAGCACUGCUAAAGUAGAGUCCAAAACAGAGAGGAAUCAGUUAAUAGUGAAAGCGGCUGGGAGACAUCUGAGUAUGACAGGGUUGACAUGGGAAGAGGUUUGAGAUGACCCCAAUCAGCCAAGGCUGGAGUCAUGUAUUACAGGAUCUUAGUUAUGGUGUUAGUACUACAAUUGAAUGCUCCAAGCCUGUUGGAUAAUGGGCAGGAGUUCAAGCAGAUCAUCCAAGCCUGAUGUGAUUUGUGUGUAGGAAACAUGGCUCAAACUGACUUUGGAGUUUAUCAUACAGGAAUAUUUAGUGGUUUGUAGGGACAUAUAUGGAGGGGGGGCACCUCAAAGCAAGGACUUCCUUACAGGAUGCUAGGCAAAAACGUCAUCUUAUGGGGUGACGUCAUCGUUCAUAUUUUCUACAGUCUAUGGCAAAUAAGCUUGUGAACAGGUGCCUGGUUUGUACUUGCAAAACAGGUCUACUAGUAAAUAAAAAUGUACAGGCAACCGACAAAAAUGUAGAAAGUCUGGAAAGAAUCUGUAUUAUUUUUUACCAAGUCCACCUCUUCGGCACCUCCAUCAAUAAAAUCAGUCGUUACUGCCGCGCACAGAGUACACAGAGUAGUUUACAGAGUUUCCUUUUUUACCCCGGUAGAGUUGGUGGCGGUAAUGCACGAUAAAUAUUGGAUGCCAACCGCCGUGAAACUUAAUCGAAGAAGAAAACUUACAUACGGUGGAUUUGGCGCAUGAGCACUUGGUCAAAAACAAUAACGAUUCUUUCCUGACAAGGCAUAUUUUCGGUUUCUUGUAAAUUUGUAUUUAGAUACAGGGCGGAACUGCAGUAAAUGAAGAAAGUUGCUCAGCGAAACGCCAUAUUUGAUUUCAGCUACAAUGGAUGCUUUACCAGCAUGGCCCAAGGGGAAGAAGCUGGUUCACCUGGAUCUGAAAGGAGCACCGCCUAGAAUUGAUUACCUGCACAAGCUGAUUGGUCUUUUUUCUGGUCUGGGUGCUGACGGUCUAUUGGUGGAGUAUGAAGACAUGUUCCCCUAUGAAGGCGAGCUGAAGGUGCUGCAAUCCACUCAGCAUUCACCAUACAGUCGUGAGGAGGUCCUGUCCAUUCAGGAAGUGGCCAAGUCCCAAGGGUUAGAGGUCAUUCCUCUGGUGCAGACGUUUGGACACAUGGAGUUUGUGUUGAAGCACAAGUCGUUGUGGGGGCUGAGGGAGGUGGGCCACUGCCUGGGCACUCUGAACCCCCACAGAGAGGAGGGUGUGAGGCUGGUAAAGGAGAUGCUUCGCCAGGUGGUGGAGCUCCACCCAGGCAGCACCAGCCUGCACAUUGGAGCUGACGAGGUGUACCUGCUAGGUGAGGGAGAGGAGUCUAGACGCUGGCUGAGCACACCUGGCCGUACAGUACAGCAGCUGUUCCUCAGUCAUGUGACCAGGGUAGCAAAGGGCGUCAGGGAGGCGUGGCCAAACCUCAACAUGAUCAUGUGGGACGACAUGUUGAGAGGGAUGGACCACGACACACUGAAAGGCAGCGGUUUGGUAGGAUUGGUCCAGUUGAUGCUGUGGGACUACAACCCCACCCUAGAUGUGAAAAACACUGUAUCUCUAUUGGAGAGGUACAGUGGUGCAGGGCUGUCAGAACUGUGGGCAGCCAGUGCCUUCAAAGGCUCUACUAAUGUCCACACCUGUGUGACCAGCACACAGAGACAUGUGGACAACCAUCUACAGUGGCUACAGGUGGCAGCAGCCCUGCCUGAAGGCAUACACAUGCUGGGCAUCGCCCUCACUGGCUGGCAGAGGUAUGACCACCUGUCUGUGCUGUGUGAGUUGCUGCCCCUAGCUUUGCCCUCCCUGGCCUCCAGUCUACAGACACUCACACAUGGCCAGUUCAGCCCGGAGGCUCAGAGCAGGGUGACAAAGACUUUGGGCAUCUCUUCUGUAGAUGUAGAAACCAUGGAAAGCUCCACUACAGGUGACUCUGUGCUGUUUCCAGGGAGGAGGUUGGCAGAGCUGGUUGUGGAACUAACAGCAAUACUGCAGUCAGAAGAACUCCGCCAUUUUGAAGACAACAUGUUUGUGAGAGGCUGGUUCACUCCUUACCACAGACAGAGAAAGACAGUCAGCCCUCUUAUUGCUCAGCAGUUACAGAGUCAAGCCAUGACAUUGUUAGCUCUUGUGGAGCAGAGAGUGGUGAUGGUGAAAAAGGAGAUGGUGCGUCUGUACCCAGCCUCCACAGCUCAGGAGUGGGUAGAGCAGCAUGUCAGCCCUGUGGUGGCUCCCAUCCAGAGGGUCCUGGAGGACACCAAAGCCAGCCUACUAGAGAUGGUACCCCAGAACGUCUCAGCUUCUAUGGUUGGGCAGUAAGGUUUAACCUGGGUCCCUUUGUUUUUUUUUGACAGAGAAAGAGAUCUAUCCGUGCAGACUUCAUACAGUGAGGUCCAAGAGGUAGUGAGAAAAGGAUUCCAUGAUUAUCAAAAAGCAACUUUUAUUUAAUUCCCUUUUUUAACAAAAAAAGCAAAAAUAAAAGUAAUACAAAACAUUUUUUAAAGACAAGGCAAACCAGUACCUGCAGUCAUCCAGCAGCACACACUAACUGGACACAAAAUAUCUCAUGCAUUCUUUCUUUCAAGCAACAGAAGGCAUCUAUACUCACCUUCCUCUUGCCAAUAGAUGCAGUAACUUAGUUAAUACAGUUCAGAUACAAUGUAAUACAGUUUACUUGUCAAACAUAAAUGUGUUAAUAACAGUAUGUGUCUACGGACAGGAAUGUUACCUGAGACUGGUCUUUCAUUUUGUGUGUAUAAGGCCAGAUGGAAUAUGUAGUUUACUCUAUGAAUAAUAAAUCAAAUCAAAUGUA